CUGCAAAACUAUCAAGGCCAGUAGCGAAAGAAACAAGACAAGACUUACCGUGCAGACAGGAAACAGGGAAAAAGAGUGGUUUCCUUGACAGUACUCGUGAAGCAUCGCAGUGAGUCAUGGCCUCCUCUUCACCCAAGCUCAAGAGGUAUCGUCGAGAACACCAAAGCUCGAGUGAGGAUGAAGAUUAUCAACCAUAUGUUCCUGUUAGGGAAAGAAAGAAACAGAAACUUAAACAAAUUCUCAAGAUCUCCCAAGAUGAAGAGAGUGGGAGCCUCAGUGGGCAGGAGCGGGAGGGUGGAACGCAGGAGCAGGAUGUGCAGGAGCUGGCACGCAAGAACAACAUCUCUCUCCUGGACCAGCACACAGAGCUCAAGAAAAUUGCUGAAGCCCGUAAAGAAUCUGAGUUAGAAAAGCAGCGAAGAGAGGAACAGCGUCUCCUGGAGGCUGUAGCAGAGAAGCGGGCACUCAUGGCAGUGUCUGAGCUGGCUCGUGGCGUGCAGUACGAGGAGCCUGUGGUCACUGCCUGGCGGCCUCCAAAGCGGGUCCUGGCCAUGGACAACAGACGCCAUGACAGGGUUCGCAAAAAAUACAACAUUUUAGUUGAGGGACAAGAAGUACCUCCUCCCUUGAAAAGUUUUGCAGACAUGAAGUUUCCUCCUUGUAUUGUGAAAGCUUUGCAGAAAAAGGGAAUUGAAAAGCCUUCCCCUAUCCAGAUGCAAGGCAUUCCAGCAGCAUUGCAGGGUCGAGACAUGAUUGGCAUUGCAUUUACAGGAAGUGGGAAGAGUAUGGUCUUUAUCCUUCCCAUCAUAAUGUUCAGCUUGGAGCAAGAAAAAAAGUUGCCCUUCAUGAACAAUGAAGGCCCAUAUGGUUUGAUUAUCGUUCCUUCUCGAGAGCUUGCCAAGCAGAUUAAGGACAAUAUAGAUUACAUAUGUAAGUUUACUGAAGCAGAUGGUUGCCCAGAAAUAAGAACUUGUCUUGCCAUUGGUGGAGAACCUGUAGCAACUGCACUGCAGGUUAUUAGAAAAGGUGUUCACAUCAUGGUGUGUACGCCAGGCAGGCUCAUUGACAUGCUGGACAAGAAAAUGGUUCGUCUGGAUGUUUGUAGGUACCUUGUUAUGGAUGAGGCAGACAGAAUGAUUGACUGGGGCUUUGAAGAAGAUGUGAGAACAAUUUACUCAUAUUUCAAAGCACAGAGGCAAACACUUCUUUUCUCUGCCACCAUGCCAAAGAAAAUACAAAAUUUUGCACGAUCAGCUUUAGUAAAGCCUGUGACAGUGAAUGUUGGUCGUGCAGGAGCAGCAUCAAUGUGUGUCAUCCAAGAGGUGGAGUAUGUGAAGCAGGAAGCUAAAGUGACCCACAUUCUGACUUGCCUGAACAAAACCUCUCCACCUGUUCUUAUAUUUGCUGAGAAGAAACAAGAUGUUGACCUGAUCCAAGAAUACCUUCUCUUGAAGGGAGUCACUGCAGCUGCCAUUCAUGGAGGGAAAGAUCAAGAAGAGAGAUCAGCAGCUGUACAAGCCUUCCAGAAAGGAGACAAGGAUGUUCUGGUGGCCACUGAUGUUGCUUCCAAAGGCUUGGAUUUUCCUGGAAUCCAGCAUGUUAUCAACUAUGACAUGCCAGACGACAUAGAAAACUAUGUUCAUCGCAUUGGUCGUACAGGUCGCUCUGGCCAGCAGGGUGUGGCCACUACAUUUGUUAAUAAGGCCAAUGAUGAAUCAGUUUUGCUGGAUCUCAAGCACUUACUGAUUGAGGCUAAACAGAAGGUUCCUCCCUUCUUGAAUACUUUGGGUGGCAUUGAAGAAGACAUGCAGGCUUCUCUGGAGGAUGAUGGUGGAGAUGAGCGUGGCUGUUCCUACUGCGGUGGCUUGGGUCACCGCAUCACUGCCUGUCCCAGGCUGGAGGCCAUGCAGAAUAAGCAGGCAGCAGGAAUUGGACGCAAGGAUUAUCUUGCUGCCAAUGCUGCUGACUAUUAAGCUGACUUUAGGUUGAGGGUACAUGUUAAUAUGUAAAUAUAAAAUUUUAAUAUUGUCUGCUACAAUGUAUUUUCCUUGGAUCCUCAUCAAGGGACUGUGGACAGUUUCCAUUUGCUCCUGUUCUUACUUAUAUCUCAUGCAUUCUUCGAACACUUUUUUCUAUUUUGUAAUGGUCUUUAUUAUAUAUCCUCCUCAUCCACUCCUGAAUGACUUACCUUUCAUUUUUAAUUUAUUCCACUGAUAUUGUAAUAUUGUAAUUUCUCUGUAUGGAGUUCUGAAUUCAGUUGCAUAUACUCUUCCUAGGAAAUCUC